AUGUUAGCUAUAAUGGAGUCUGCUGUUGAAUCAUCUUACUUACUCCCCUUGGAAUUAAUCGACAAGUGUAUUGGAUCGCGGAUACAUAUUAUUAUGAAGAAUGACAAAGAAAUGGUUGGCAUGCUGCUCGGUUUCGAUGGAUAUGUGAACAUGGUUCUAGAGGAUGUCACUGAGUUUGAGUUCACUGCACAGGGCAAGCGAAUAACCAAACUCUCCCACAUCCUCCUUAAUGGAAGUCAUAUUGCUAUGAUGGUUCCUGGUGGCGAGGGCCCUGAUGUGUAA